UGGGAGCUCGAUUAGAACGCACGCGUGGAACGGGCCUUAGAAUAACCGGCCCGAAAUUUACGUGAAAAGUUUUACGGAAACAUUAUUUUAAUACAAGAUUUUCCGUAAGCGUUAACUAAAAUUUUCGGUACGCGAUCGCUUUUAAUUCAUUGAACAGUGGACUGAAUGUGACUGUGUUUUUUUUGAGUGACUUUUUUUCUUUUUUAAAUUAAGUACUGAGGUAAAAUUCUUAGUGAAGCCGUGCCAUCAAAAGUAUUAACGAUAUAAUAUGUUAAGUGCACAGUGGUCGGCAACUAGAAAGUGUUGGACAAAAAAGUGACAGUGAAUAUGUGUUCGAAAAGAUAAAAUCGCAACAAAUAAUUAGGAUGUGAAGCCAUGUUGGAAUGCGUGCGUCGCGCGAACCCAGUGUUGCGCGCGUCGACGAAAACUGGAUCAAAUCGCCCGAUAACAACGCAGCUCGUCUUUUUGCUGGUGCCUCUCAUUAUACUUCUGUCCGUGAGGAACAGUGUCUCUGGAGGCGUGUCUUUGGGGGCUCACCUGGUUUGUGCCCGCGUAGCCGGUCUUACGGAUAAGCAACGUGCCAUGUGUCGCGCUUCCCCAGCCGCCAUAGCUGCUGUGGGAGAUGGACUCAGAAUGGCGUACACCGAAUGCCGGACGCAACUCGGUGGCUACAGAUGGAACUGUACCGGUAUCGGCAACGGAAACGACUUCGGACAUGUCAUGCCCUUAGCGACCCGUGAAGCAGCGUUCACGUACGCGAUAACAUCGGCGGGCGUCACGCACGCCCUGAGCACGGCCUGCGCACGGGGUGAUUUGCCGGCCUGCGGUUGUACUUCCAACAGACGGCGGUCCCCAAGUCCCUCGGAGCAGUUCCAGUGGGGAGGCUGUGGAGAAGCGGCUUACGGCGCCCGCUUUGCGAGACGGUUCCUGGACUCCAGGGAAAUGGAGGCCGACGCGAGGAGUCUCAUGAAUCUCCACAACAAUCGAGUCGGCAGGAAGGUGAGCGAGACGGUAAAGGACUUAGUGCGGCGCGAGUGCAAGUGUCACGGCGUGUCGGGUUCUUGCGCGCUACGUACGUGUUGGCGCGCUUUACCCCCUUUCCGGGCGGUAGGGGCAGCCCUGAGGGACAAAUACCACAGAGCGAGGCUCGUCACUUCGCAUCCUCCACCGGCCACGCAUGCGCCUCAGACACAUCUUGUUAUACGAAGGUCUAGACAAAACGCUGGUAUCGGUCGACAGCCCCGCAAGUCGGAGCUAGUGUUCCUGGAACCAUCGCCAUCGUACUGUGAGCCUGACCCGAUCUCCGGUUCGAUGGGCACACAUGGCCGACACUGCAACAGGACCUCUAGGGGGGAGGAAGGCUGCGAAACUCUAUGCUGUGGUCGUGGCUACAACACAGUGCGAACUGAAGAGGAAACAAAAUGUAAUUGCCGUUUCCAUUGGUGCUGCCGGGUGUCGUGCGACAAGUGCAUCACUCGCAACGAGUUGCACGUUUGCAAGUGAGCGCCAUCCAACGACGAGUAGCAAAACUAAUAAAACAUUAUUACUGAGACUUUGAUUUAAAAAAAAUAACGAACAUUAAAGUGUUAAACAGUACUUACUUUAUGAUAAAAGAAAAUUAAUUUUGCGAAAUAUGAUUUUUUGAACAUUACACAUGGGCUUUCCUAGUGUACCUUAUGUUUAAAACGUCGAUGUUAUUACUAAUGAUAAACUUGACAAAUUGUAUUAAAUAUAACAAUAUUAUUAUAUUUAGAUUUUUGGACCUGUGAAUAAUGUUAUUCUUAAAUACUAUUUAAAUAAUAUUAGCUCUACUGUUUAUAAUUUAGGUGUGUACUUAAUUUUGACUUUUUGUAAAUAGAUCACCAGUAUUUUUUAAUAUUAAUUGCAUUAGUAUGAAGUAUGAACAAGCAUUUAACCUAUGACUAUGGCGGCUUUAAAAUUAUUAUACAUUAAGGUUUUUGUUAUAUUUAGCUGCUAUUUCGGUUGCAUUAGUGCUAAUUCGGUUGUACAUAAAGGGCUUUGAAUAUUUUGACUUACGUACUCUGAAUCAUUUUAGGCCUAUUUUAUUAUUGGACGCAAAUGUCUCAAAUGAGUGUGUGAAUGUCUAAGAUGAAACAGUAGCUGAGCUCAAUAAAAGUGAGCAUUUUUAACAAGUGAUUAUCUUUUUAUUAUUACAGUAAAACCUGUCUAGGAAGUUUCUCUAUAUACUUAUUUGUAUUGAUUUUGAUUAAACAGACAAAAAAUAGUGGACAGUACGUAAGCCAUUCUAAAAUAUGUAAACCCCCUCUUAACUAAAUCGGCAGCUAUAAUUUACUUAACAUAUUAUUUCUAUCAAUGAGAUGACCGUUUAGUUAAGAAAUUUGUUUCCGACCGAAUUACCACAAAUGUUUUACAAUAUAAUAAAUAGAUGAUAAAAUGUCUUGAGAUUUCUACGUUAGGUUAUUCCUUUAAGCUGAAAAAAGUGGCGACCGAAGCUAAACUGUAUUAUUAACUGUCAGUUUUGUAAUGCAUUCAAAAUAUUUUUUCCCUUUUGUCGCUCAUAUUAGGUACGAGCGACAUUUUGUGAUAAGUGGAUUAUUGCAAACGGGUAGAAUUGAAUUAGAAAAAUUCUAGAGGAUCGACAAAUUUUCCACGAUACCUUAAAAAAAUAGUAUCAUGUAACUUUACUCUACCAGCAAGUUCGGUAACUUUGUUAAAAAAUGCUACUUUCGCAGUCUCUGAAAAUAAUUUUGUUC